AUGAAGCUCUUGGAAGUGGAGGACAAGCACUUGGAGGCGGAAGCAGAGAACAAGCGCUUGGAGGCGGAAGUGGAAAGAGAGCCGAAGCACUUGGAGGCAAAAGUGGAAAGAGAGGCGAAGCGCUUGGAGGCGGAGUUGGAGCUGAAGCGCUUAGAGAUGGAAAGGGCUAAGCUGGGUCCACCAGGAGGUGCAGCCACCACUACCCCAACCCUGUGCCUUGUCUCCAUCAUUGGAGUAGCACGCAACAGGGAUGUGGGUUUUGGAGACAAGGAAGAUGAGGAGGAGGAGGAUGAAGAUAGCUCACAGCAAGCAAGCGGAGAAACUGUUUUCUCCAACAGCCAGGAACUGUUUCUCACCCUGGACCUGGAGUCAGUACCCCUUGAACCCACCCAAGACUGCCUCCCGGACCCGCCAGGCGGAGAAGGGACCUCUGAAUUCAACGUUCUCCAGUUUAUAGCCCAGGAGAGAGAUGAUGCUGAGUGGCCUGAAGGAGUCUACUAUGAAGGAAAAAGCCAUGGUGGCAUAGAAGAGGAAGGAGAGCGGGCUUCUGGCAGCGGAGGGGUUAACCUGUGGUCCCAGCCCGCGCAGCUUGUUGCUAAGGGCGGGGAAGUUCCUCUGGAUCUUGCAGCUCCGGGGCUGAGCUUCCCGGGUCACACGCUGCUGCCGCCUCCAUUGCUGGCAAAUAACAUCCACAUUUUGCUCCAGAUUGUCCCAUCAUCCUGGAACAUGGCUGCAACAGAUCCAAUGACCUUUGAGGAGGUGGCUGUGUAUUUCACAGAGGAGGAAUGGGCUCUGCUGGACCCAGGUCAGAGAGCCCUCUACAGGGACAUCAUGCAGGAGAAUUAUGAGACUGUGACCUCGCUGGGAUUUCCAAUUCCCAAACCUGAUGUGAUCUCCCGACUGGAACGAGGGGAGGAGCCGUGGGUCCCCAAUCUCCAGGGCUAUGAGAAAAGGGAGAUCCUGAGAGAAGCCCAUGUAGGUAAUGCGACACUGAAUAAGAAUGAGGAGAAUCCUCAACAUAAAGUUCCUGAGCAGGUGGAUUCACACAGGACGGUAUCAGGGGAAACCAAAGGGGAUGUUUCCCAGAAUCCUGAUCAUGUACAUGCCUGGGAUAGUCAGCAGGGAAACCAGCCAAGGGAGAGGCAGGGUAAAUCCACUCAGAAGAGAAGAGGGGCCAACCAAAUCAAAGAUAUUGUUCAGCAGAGAGUCCCCACAGGAGAGAGACCCUACAUGUGCAGUGACUGUGGGAAAAGCUUCCGGUGGAGAUCAGCCCUUAUUACUCACCAGAGAAUCCACACAGGAGAAAAACCCCACAAGUGCCCUGACUGCAAAAAAAGCUUCAGACAGAUCUCAGCCCUUACCUAUCAUCAGAUAAUCCACACGGGAGAGAAACCCUAUAACUGCCCUGACUGUGGGAAAAGAUUCAAUCAGAGCUCACACCUUAUUAAGCAUCAAAGAAUCCACACUGGUGAGAAACCCUAUAACUGCCCCAACUGCAGGAAAAGCUUCAGUCAGAGCUCACACCUCAUUAUUCACCAGAGAAUCCACACGGGGGAGAAGCCUUUUAAAUGCCUGGAAUGUGGGAAAAGCUUCAGUGUGAGCUCACACCUUGCCGCACAUCAGAGAAUCCACAAGGGAGAGAAGCCCUAUAGGUGCCCCAACUGUGAGAAAAGCUUCAGUCAGAGCUCAUACCUCAUUAUUCACCAGAGAAUCCACACAGGGGAGAAACCCUUUAAAUGCCCAGAAUGUGGGAAAAGCUUCAGUGCAAGCUCCAACCUUGCUGCACAUCAGAGAAUCCACAAGGGAGAGAAGCCCUAUAGGUGCCCCAACUGUGAGAAAAGCUUCAGUCAGAGAUCAGCCCUCACUAAUCACCAGAGAAUCCACACAGGAGAGAAACCCUACCGAUGCAAUCAGUGCGGGAACAGCUUUAGUCAGAGCUCAAACCUUAUUUCGCAUCAGAGAAUCCACACUGGAGAGAAACCAAACACAUGUGGUGAGUGUGGGAAGAACUUCCGGUGGAGAUCAGCUCUUAUUGAUCACCAGAGAAUCCACACAGGAGAGAGGCCUUAUCAGUGUGACGAAUGUGGGAGAAGCUUCAGCAGGAGUUCGAACCUCGCUACCCAUCAGAGACUGCACACGGGAGAGAGACCCUACAAAUGCCUUGACUGCGGGAAAGGCUUUAAUCACAGCUCCAAUCUUUCUGCACAUCAGAGAACCCACACGGGAGACCUGCCUUACAAGUGUCCCGAGUGUGGGAAAAGCUACAGCGUGAGCUCCUACCUCCUGAGACAUCAGAAAAUCCACACGGGAGAGAGACCCUAUAAGUGUGAUGAGUGUGAAAAGAGUUUCGGCCAGAGCUCAACCCUUGUUAUCCACAAGAGAGUGCACACGGCAGAGAAGCCCUAUAAAUGCCUUGAGUGUUGGAAAUGUUUCAGGAACAGCUCUGACCUUAUUAGACACCAGAGAAUCCACACGGGAGAAAGACCUUAUAAAUGCAGCAAGUGUGGGAAAAGUUUCAAUGAGAGCUCGCACCUCACCAGGCAUCAGAAAACCCACACAGGGGAGAGAUCCUAUAAAUGCCUCGAGUGCAAUAAAUGUUUGAAGAACAGCUCCAGGCUCGUUAGACACCAGAGAACCCACACAGGGGAGAAAUCCUAUAAAUGUCCUGACUGUGAGAAAAGCUUCAAUCGGAGCUCAAACCUCAUUGUCCAUCAGAGAUCCCACAUGGAGCAAAAGCCCUACAAGUGCCUGGACUGUGCUAAAACCUUCAGCUGCAGCUCACAGCUGAUCAGACACCAGAGGAUCCACACAGGAGAGAAACCCUAUAAAUGCCCCGACUGCGGGAAAAGCUUCACCGUGAGCUCACAACUGACUUCCCACCAGAGACUCCACACUGGAGAGAAGCCCUAUGGAUGCCCCGAGUGCGGGAAAAGCUUCCCUGUCCGCUCGGCCCUGGCCACCCACCGGCGCAUCCACACGGGGGAGCGCCCCUACGCCUGUGACGCCUGUGGGAAGCGCUUCGGACAGAGCUCCCACCUCAUGCAGCACCUGCGCUCCCACACAGGGGAGAAGCCCCACCGGUGUCCCGAGUGUGGGAAGAGCUUCCGGGAGGGCUCCACGCUGGCCCGGCACCGCCGCACCCACCGCCAGGAGAAGCCCCACACCUGCCCCCACUGCGGGAAGGGUUUCCACGAGCGGUCCAACUUCGCCCGGCACCAGCGCACCCACGCCGGGGAGCUACUUCCUGCCCCAGAGGAGGAGGGGAAGUCCUUCAUCUGCCCCGAGUGCGGGAAGGGCUUUGGCCGCAACGCCUACCUGACCCUGCACCGGCGCGUGCACACAGGAGAGAGGCCCUAUGCCUGCGCCGACUGCGGGAAGAGCUUCAGCGCCAGCUCCAACCUGACCCGGCACCAGCGCGUCCACACGGGCGAGAGACCCUACCCCUGCGCCCGCUGUGGGAAACGCUUCUCCCAGAGCUCCACCCUCUUUGUGCACCUGCGCACCCACACCGGGGAGGCACCCUACCGCUGCGCUGCCUGCGGGAGGGGCUUCAGCCAGAACUCCACCCUCCUGACGCACCAGCGCACCCAUAGGGGUGGGAAACCCUGCCGCCAGCCCCCGGGAGCCUGUGCCAGGGACGGGCCCUACCUGGGCAAGUGCUGUGUCAGUGACCCGCUGCUCCAGAGGCACCAGAAGACGCACCUGUGA